AUGUCGCUGCGGGUUGGUCGAUCGUAUCUUGGCAGCUGCCGCGUCUCGGCAGGGGCCCUGCACGUCAGCCAAGCGUGGCGCAUGCGCUUCGACAACGCUGCACCACCACCACCGCCGCCGGAGGCGACGGCCUCCACACCUACGAGCUCAUCCAGCACCACGUCGGCGCCGCCACGUGUGUCAUACCGCACACUACCCUCGAGCAUGUACCCCAAGGAGGUCAGCUCGGACUUCACACCCUUUCCGCUGCCGAAACACGACGCAUCCAUGGGCUUUGGACCGCUACGCCUGCGCAACGUGCCGGACAUCGAAGAAGCUCGAGCACGUAUGGCCAAGGCAGCGCAAAGCCCGCCACGAGGAAACGCGUCCACGCAGCUCAAGGAGGAGGACAGCGACGGCGCCGAAGCGGUGUCUGCCUUGUGGGAAGAGCUGAGCGGCGAAACCACGGUGAAAUCCGUUGGUGUUGCCGCAACUCCAGCGCUAGCCUCGUCGCCAGAAGCACUAGAAGCGUUGCCACGUCCGUCGGAUCCGCAGGGUGAGGACCUGGGCGGCUAUCACGUCCACCGGCAUUUUCCACUGAUCGAUGUGCUGGAGUGCGAUAGAAGCGUAAACGACCUUCUCGCGCAGUUUUGGAACCGCCCCCAGCGCGAGGCGAGGGCGGCGACAGUGCUCGACUUCGCCGCAACCCUGCAGCGGCGCAGCAAUGACGAGCUCACACGCGUCCUCUAUGAACUGAGUUCCCUCUUUGAGUGGGAUGGCAAUGGGCUUCAGUUUAUUGCCGCCAAAGUGGCCAAGUACGGUCGCAGUUACACCGUGUCGAGCGAGUUGACCAAAGCGUUUGUCCACUUGGUGGACGGGAUGACAGUGACGUUCGUCGAGGAGCAGCCGCAUCGCUUGGCGGAGUCGCCCGCGCUGCUGGUGCAGGUGCUUCACUUUCUGGCACUAAUAAAGAUCCUGGAGCCGAACAAGUGGUACACGCUGAAUCCCAACGCGCCGCAAAAUCGUGCCGACUAUAUGCAUCCGCGCGGCGUGAAUCGGACGUCUGCUCACGUGAUGACGGGCCGUGUGUUGCUCGAAUUUCUCGAAGACAUGGUCACCAGUGGACACGACUUGAAGGGUGAGGACGGCAUCAAUGAGCAGCAGGAAGGCCUGGUGCACUCUCACCUACCGCAGCACGCGACAUACCGUUUCACCGAGGGAUGGUCGGAGAACGACAUCCUUGAUGUCCUGGCGGGGUUCUCGGGUAUCAUGCCCGAUGGCAAGGCGCUGUCACCCGUCGUAUGUGCACUGCUGGAUGAGCUGUGGAUGCGUUGGUCUAAGGUGGACUUUGUGUUGGCCGGGCCUGAGCAGGCGGCGCAACUGGAGCGUUUGUACAUGAUGCUGCAGGUGAUGGACAUACAGCGCGACGCCGUGCUGGAUGCGCUGCUGGGUGGGCAGCUUAGGGCCCAUGACGCGGCACGAUCCACACCAACGUCGCCAGCGCUGUUUUGCGAGCGCGACGACACACCACCACUGACGUUGGCGCCGGCACUCACGCGAACGCGCGGGCCUGAUUUCUUUUCGGCUGUCUCGCGCGACAAGCGGACGGUGGUCAAGGAAGCCGCCUUGCAGCUUCUCGCGUCUAGCUUGGCGAAGGCGCGCGAUGACGGCAAUGCGGCGCUGCACCAGGCCCUCGUGGAGAGUGGUACGGAGCUUCUGCAGAGCUUGGCGUCUAAGGCAGCAGCGCUUUUGUUUGCGCAGAGGGAGCAGUUUGACGUGGUGGCGCUGAGGGCAGUGCCGCACAUGGCGGAUGUGGCAGAGCGGCUCGUCGAGCAGCGCACUGAGGCUCCGUUCUUCCCGCUUACUGCGUCCGCAGGCGGUCUUCCUGACACUGCUGCCGUGCUUGCCCACCUUAGUUUGCAUCCUACACCGUACCUGGUUUUCUGCAAGGGCCGUCGUGUCCACCCGGUGCGAACCUUGGUGUCAAACCUGAACCACGUAGCCGCAGUAGAGAACGUCUUCCUGCUGCACUCCAGCGGCGUUUUGAAGUGCGUGGACGCCCUUGUUGCCGUCGCCCGGCGUCUGCGCAGCGGCAAGGAUGCGCUGAUCGUCACCGCCAGCUGUCUGCGGGCGCUGCAAGUGGCUGCCCAGUACGGAGCGACAGAGAAGCGCCGUGCGACGGCUGACCGUGCGCUGGACAUUGUGUCCUAUGAACUGGAGGCAGGCCGUGCCAUCCUCACGCCAGUCACCGACGAGCUGUACCUGCACGACGCCGGCACCUACUGUGAUGAGGACCUCAUGCUGUGGACUUUGGCCGCCUAUUUGGCGCGAGACGUACCCCUUGUGAAGGUACAUACGAUUAUGAGUAGCCGGAGCGCCGCACGAAACCCCCAGCACACACUGCACGGUGAGCACAGCCCUCUCACAUCGACAGACGACCUGUACAAUAAGUCAACGCCGUUCCUACAGUCGCUGCGGAGCAAGGAGCUGCGCGCUGUCACCCACCACCACGUUGUGCAGCGCCCGGUGCGAGAUCGCCCGCAAACUCUCUACAAUGUGAGCCCAAUUCGUGCCCGCUUUGUGUACCGGCGAGACAAGGCAAUGUUCGACAAGUACCAUGUUACGGCGCGCAACCUAGCACCUGGGUUCAGCCAAGGUGCUCUGAACAGCGACCUACGUGCGCUGGGCUUCUACACACCCGACCAUCCACAAGUUCCUUACACGCCUGUGUCAGAGUUGAAGUGUUGCCCAGUGCCUGCCACUUCGCCCGCCGUACAGUGA